GUCUUAACUUCACUCUCACACAUUCUCAGAGUAUAGAAAAACAACACCUCCAAAACGAUGUCCUCUAGAAGCAGUUUCAUGUCCUCCGGUGGAUCCAUGCGCGUCUCCAUGUCCGGUGGUGGAGGAGGCAGUAUGGGAAGCAUGCGUUCUGGCAGCGUGUAUGGAGGUGCGGGAGGGUCCGGUACCCGGAUUUCCAGCUCCUCUGCUUCUCGUUCCUUCUCAUCUGGUGGAGGAUACGGAGGUGGUGGCGGAUACGGAGGUGGUGGCGGAUACGGAGGUGGUGGCGGAUACGGAGGGGGUGCCGGAUAUGGAGGGGGUGGCGGAUUCGGAGGUGGUUCUGGUGAUUCCAUGGAUGUCUCUCCAAAUGAAAAAGCCACCAUGCAAAAUCUCAAUGACCGUCUGGCCACCUACCUGGAGAAGGUGCGGAUCCUUGAGAAGGCCAACGCUGACCUUGAGCUGAAGAUCCGCCAGUUCUUGGAGAGCAAAACUUCCCCCGCUGCUCGUGACUACAGCGCCUAUUAUGUCACUAUUGCAGAGCUCCAAAACAAAAUCCAGGAAGCGACGCUUGUGAAUGGAGGAAUCUAUCUCCACAUUGACAAUGCCAAGCUGGCUGCAGAUGACUUUAGAGUAAAAUAUGAGAACGAGCUGAGCAUGAGACAGUCAGUGGAGGCAGACAUUGCUGGCUUGAGGAGAGCGCUGGAUGAGCUGACAAUGGAACGAUCCAAUCUGGAGAUGCAGAUCGAGGGACUGAAAGAAGAGCUGAUCUUCCUCAAGAAGAACCAUGAGGAGGAACUUUUGUCAGCAGGCACCCAGAUGAGCGGACAGGUUAACGUAGAGGUUGAUGCACCACCACAGGAAGACCUCUCAAAGGUCAUGGCAGAUAUCCGUGAACAUUACGAGGCCGUCGCUGCCAAGAACAACAAAGAGCUAGAAGCCUGGUUCCAAGCCAAGACGGAGUCUAUUAGCAAAGAAGUUUCGGCAAGCACAGAAGUCAUCCAAACAUCCAAAUCAGAACUCACAGAUCUAAGACGCACAGUACAGAGUCUGGAAAUUGAACUUCAAUCACAGCUCAGUAUGAAAUCUUCAUUGGAAGCCACUUUGGCAGACACUAAGCAGGGCUACUCCUCAAAGUUGACCGGCUACCAAAAUCAGGUGACCGCCAUGGAACAGCAGCUGACGCAGCUUCGUGGAGAUCUGGAGCGUCAAAGUCAGGAGUACCAGAUGCUUCUGGACAUCAAGACCAGACUGGAGAUGGAGAUUGCAGAAUACAGAAGACUCCUGGACGGAGAAGCUGUUGGAAGUGGCCAGUCCUCCAGCUCUGGGUCCACCACCACAAAGAAGUCAUCAACAACAACACGCAAAGUGAUCACCGUUGUGGAGGAGAUGGUGGAUGGAAAGGUAGUCAGCUCGUCCACCCAGGCCAUGUGAGAAAAAAUGAGCUCUUGAGAUAAAAAAGAUCAAACUCAGAAAGACCAAUAAACUGCUCGAAAUGUG